CAGGCAAAAUGGCCGCCACGACAGCUGUCUGGUUUUCACUUUUGCGUACCUAUUUUUACGCAGUAAACGAUUGUUCUCGAGCGGAAUAGAUCGGACGAUUGUCGCCGUAAAUGGUCUCGCAAAUCCAACCAAGGUAACGGCCGCGAUCGAUGCAGAAAUGAGGAGAUAGUGACGUGCCAGCUGUUCGCGAUUUCGACUUGCCAAAUUUCGAAAACAUCGCCGCACUAAUGGGCGAGUCGAAUGAGAAAUUAUUAAAGGCGAUACGCCACUAUCAAGAGAGCUUGGACAGGCACAGUUCCAGCGGUAAUUCGGAAAAGCUGUUGCACGCGCUACAAAAAUUAUCCAGGCUGCCGAUAAAAAUGUGUCACUUGGAGGAAACGGGUGUGGGGCGCACCGUGAAUUCAUUGAAAAAGGUAGGCGGCGACGUGGGAAAUUCGGCCCGGGUACUAGUCGAUCAAUGGAAAGAAAUGGUCAAAGGUGAACAAAGCGAUACCAAUGAAGAGGAGGAAAUAGAACCCGCAUCGCGCGAGACUGAAGACUCUGACGAGGGAAGCAAUACGGAAAGACUGAAAAGCGGACGUGAUAGCGACAGUGAUGCAAAGGACAGUGAAAGUGACAGUGCGACAGAACGACUCAACGGGACAAAGUCGAAAAGAACAAGUAGUGAUGCUAAGGUGAAACAAAGAAACAAGUCAGAUAAACACCGCCAUAGGGGUCAUACAAAAAGACACCCAGUAUCGUCUGAAAGCGGUGGAUCUAGUGAUUAUGAAAGUGAGUCGAAUAAACAUAAAAAUCGGCACCGCCGGCAUAAAUCGCGUGACAAGGAAACGUCCAAAAAUAAAUCAGGUCACAAUGACAAGCAUAGGCAUCAAGACAGAAAAAAGGACGUUGAACACACAAAGUCAGGUGCCAAAAAGAGCACCAGCAGCAGCGCCAGUAAUAAUAACAAAGAAGACAAAUGCAAAGUAAGCGGUGGGAAGCAUUCUAAAAGCUCGAAAAGUUGCAAAAACAGUGAGAAACGGCGAAGAGUGGAUUCCUCCUCUGAUGAGGAUGAGUCCAAGAAGCAUAAAGAUGAGCCUCUUAAAAAAACGAGUGAGGCCGAAACAAGAAAACAAGAUGGCAAAAACAAGGGUGACAGAGAAAAACAUUCGAAGAAAUCGGAUAAAGAGACACAUGGGCCCAAAUCGGAUCAAGGGGGUUCAGGCAAAGAUAGGGAAUUAAAGAAGAGAUCGGAUGUUGGCAAAAUUGAUCGGCAUAGCAUUAAAAAUGGUAUAGAUUCCGAAUCGGGAGCUAGUUUUGCCGAAGCUUUGGGCAUGCUUGAGCCCCCGAAAGCCGGUAGGGCGAAGGCCACCAAGAGGAAGUCAGGGAGUGAAGCUCUUUCAGUAAAAUCAAAAAGUGCGAAAACCGCGGCUGAGUUAAAACCGGAUGAUUCGGACGAUGAGGAGGCAAUUCCGGACCUGCUGAAAGAUAAGAAAUUAGAGCCGCUGGAUAUCAACGUUUCGAGCUUGCUGCCGCCGCCCAACUAUAAGCCCCUGGGGGCGCCUGUGGAGCACCCGUCGCGACUCUCGCUUAACGACGAAGACGCCCUGAACAAAGUCAUUUCGAUGAAAAACAAGCGGACAAAAGUUUAUUCUGGAAAUAAAAGCGCUUGGGCUAUGGUGCCGUCCUUAUUCGACCUGUGCAGCAGAAUUCUGCAGGACAACUUGGACGCGCUGGAAUACACCGGUGGGGUCCCCUAUUCAAUACUAAAACACAUACUCGAAAAGGCGAACCCCGAUCAGCUGUAUAUGUUGGAGCAUCACAACCCAUAUCUGAUCGAUGACACCGACGAACUGUGGCACUUGCACUGCCAAAAGGAAUUCCGCAACAAGCAACGCGAGGAGAUGGAGUCGUGGCGCGAAAUGUACAUGCGGUGUCUCGACGAGCGCGAAGCCAAACUCAAAGCGCUGACCGCGAACAUUAAACAGUCUCAAGAUAAGUCCUUACCCGUCAGGACGACCAAGUUGGCAUACGUGGACGACGUGGCCAAGCCGCCUAGGAAUAUCGCCAGGAAACAGUUGAAAAAUGGCACAGCGUCCGGCGACAAGGUGCCUCCGCUCUCAAUCAAAAGGACCCAGCUGGCGACUGCGGGCGAUGCCGGGAAGAUAGCUGUGCCGAAUCCUGCUGCGCGGGCGUUCGAGCGCAGCAAUCACGGCGGUGGUUCGACGCUGAAGCCGAAAAAGGCUCCCCUGAUGGCGAAGAUGCUAUCCAUGCUCAAGGGCGGAAGGUUCGGGCGCCGGUAGACGGACGGCAUGGGGGCCCCGCCGUACCCUCGAGAUUUAGUAGGUUUUUAGGUUAGAUUUGGGAGGCCCUCUAUUUUAAUUUGUAUUAAAUUGAUCUGUACAGCUUUGCGUCGUUUUAAAGGGAGGGGAGAUAUGAA